AUGGGCUCUGGCGCUGACCCAGGUCCAGGCCCGGCCCCUCCACCUUCACUUACCCUUCCACCUCUGAGGGAACUCGACAAGGGCAUUCGACCAGAUUCUUCCUCGUCUUCAUCUCAUAGGGGAUCGACCGGAUUGGGUCUGAUGGGUGGUGGUCCAGGCGGACAGCCCCUGUCACAGUUCACAGACCCACAUCUCCACCAGCAUUCGCAUUCACAACAGAGUAUGCAGCAGCAGCACUAUCAGCAGCAGCAACAGCAGCGUGGACCAGCCUCGCACUCGUUCCCACAAUACCCGUCCUCGUCGUCUUCGUCCUCGUCUCAUGGUGCAGGAUCGCAACAGUAUUAUCCUCACGAUCACCAUAGCCGUCACUCUUCAUCCGUUGGAUCUCUCCCAGACUUGUACAUGAGCUCGUCGGGGGCUCCAUCGACAGUAUCAAGAGCCGAUUCUCUGUCCAGCAUAGAGUACCUCCAUGGGUCGCAUCCGCUCCACAGUCAUGCCCAUCGCCAUCUCUCUGGCAGUGUCAGUGGCAGCACAACCACUGGGUCGACCACCGGCAGUAGUUUCGGCCACAGUGUCGCCAGCGGGAGUGUCAGCAGCGGCGGAAGCAGUAGUGUCUACUUGCAUCACUCGACGGGUCUUGGACGUGCCAAUCUCAAUGCGGCCAUUCACCAUCAACGGAACCCACGUGAUUCAGCUGCCUCUUCGACCACCGGCGGCGGAGACGCAUCCUCGUCGGCGGCGGGGACCAACGGCACUCAUGCUACAAACGGGAAACCAGGAUCGACCGCCAGUGGCUCUGCUGGUACAGAGCAAGGACGGAACUCGACCAAGCGUGCUGCCCAGAAUAGAGCUGCCCAGCGAGCCUUCCGUCAACGCAAGGAUCUUUAUGUCCGCGAGCUCGAACGAAAGGCCGAGCUGCUGCAGCAAGCCGAAGGAAAGAUCAUGAAAUUGACGGCACGUAACCGUGAGCUUGAGGUUGCUCUGGCGGUCAACAACCCAUCUUCGGGCUCUUCGUUGUCGCCUCAGCAGUCCCCGCUUCACUCUCAUGCGUCUCCGACCACGGGAUUGGUCUGUGCCGCAGGAUCAUCAAGUGAACAAGACCAGCAACAGCAACGGCAGCAACAGCCGAACCAUACGCUCCACCAUAGCUCGAGCAGAGAGCAACUGGACCACGGCGAUCGUGAACGUGGUGCUAGUGGUGGCGAAUGGAGCCGUGGCGAGAAGUCAUCUUCACUGCCGGGUCGGGACCAGGAAUCCUACGACGACAACAGCAGCACACAUAGCGGACAUAGCUACCCAUCGUCGUUGGGUAGAACGACAUUGAGCCGUCGAUCGGCCUCCCAGCCAAUGCGAAGCGCCUACAAUGCCUCAUCCCCUCCACUGACGAAUGACUCGCUAAAGUUUCACUCUCUCAAGCAACAUCUUGCUGCCAACCAACAUUUGAACCAGCCCCACUCUCUGCCACGCCAUUCGCAGCAGCAGCAGCACCCCUCCAGAACCGACUCGGACCAUGAGUUUGAGGGGUUUGACCACCCAGUUCCCCACAGACAGCUUCAUCGCCACCCGUCCGAACCCUCGUUGAACAAGAGUCGCCGUGAAUCGAACUCUGCCGAUUCUGGAGACGACUAUGCGACCUCGGGAGUCCAGAACAGCCAACAACACACCUACCCUCACGAUCAGAACAGGAACCAUGGACCUCGUCGCAGCUCUGUGGACUCUCGGAUGGAGCUGAUAUCUCCUGUCUUCAACAACGACCAGUCUGCAUCGUCUACCUACCGAUCCAGUACCAACGGCUCCAACGCUGGUAGCCGCCUCUUGCCUUCCGAAUACCCCGAAUCGUCGCCACCUUCGUCGACACAGCCAUAUACCAGCAACGGCAACGUGCAGCACGAGCGACCACCAUUGUAUCCUAUCUCGACACAGGGAGGAUCGCGAUCUGUACCUAUGGCAUCUGCUCGGUCGUGGAGUGGUGCUCAACAGGAGGACGGUAUCAAGCCUCACUCGCCCAUGAUGACCAGCCCGGUUGCAGGAUUGUCUCGCAGUAGCAUCAGCGGUGGAAUGGCGACGUCAGCAGUCUCGCCCAUAAGAGGUGGUGGCAGCUACUCUCGCGGAAACGAUAUGGAGUAUCUUUCUGACGAGCGAUCCGAGACCGGAGGCGGAUUUGACACGAUGAAUAAGCGAUUGAGCGACGGUGCUAUCAGCUGGUCUGGGAGUAAUAGUAGUGGUGGUCGCGGUGGAGGACCUCCUGGUCCUGAACCCCAGUCAUCGUCACCAAUUGCCUUUCACAGUGCUUCCUCUCGAGGUGAUGGAUUAGGACUCCGAAAGGAGAACAGUUGGUCGUCCUUCUCGGCGGUCAAGGGAAACGAUGGUUACAAUAGAGGAGGGCUCAGUCCUGUGAGUCUGCCUCCAGUCUCAGCUUUGGCUGGCGCUGGACCACGUAAGAUGGGUGAUGAUAUGGAGAUGCAGGAUUCGCACCACGAUCCCCGACCCACCCAGCACUUGCAGCAGCAACAACAACAACAACGUGACGACGAGCGACGCCCCUCUGGAACCGAUGUUGGCGCUAACUACCACCGCGGGUCGAUGGUCAUGAUGUCGGAUAGCCCCGAGACGGGAUCGUCUGAUGCUCGGUUCCUCAACAACAACAACACCUCGACCUCGUCUGUCACGACUCCUCAGAUAUCUGGUCGCCAACACCAGUACUUUCCCUCUCAACAACAACAGCAGCAUCGUGCAAGUCCCUUUGCUCCGCAACAGCAUCACCAACACCACCACGUGAACCAUCAUGGUGGAGGUAACGGAACUGGACAUCACCCACUUAGCCCCGCAAACGAGUAUCCACCUGGUCCAGGAGGAGUAGCGGCAGCAGGAACAUCGGAAAUGGAUGGUGUCUUUGAACAGCAACAACAACAACAACAACAGUACCAUCAAUCACGAUACAACAACCACUCCGGCGGCAUCGCUGCCGGAUACCAUGAAGAGACCAUGAUGCGAUCGCCUUAG